AUGCAAGCUUGAGAUGCCAACGGCAAUGGAAUAUGCGGCGGUGGCCCCGAGUUUUGCAGUCCCGGCCGUUGCACCUCAAAUUGUGACUGGAAAAGUGAAUGCGAUCCUGGUUGGGGGGCCGAAUGGUCGCAAGCAUCAAAGUGCCCUCUCAACGUGUGCUGCAGCCGAUUUGGCUUUUGCGGAACCACGCAGAGCUUCUGCGAGGGCAAGAAAGUGGCCAGCCCGGAAUGUCCUAUCGAGCAGCUUACUUCCGACAAACGCACUGUUGCCUAUUAUGAAGGCUGGAAUCUCGGCAGGCCCUGCGGGACUAUGAAGCCAGAGGAGAUCCCUCUGGGACACAUCACGCACAUAAACUUCGCAUUUGCGAUGAUACACCCGCAAACUUUUCAUGUUGUGGACAUGAACCCUGAGACAGCUCAGUUGUAUGGCGCCGUUACAGCGUUGAAGGCAAGACAGCCUGGAUUACAGGUCUGGAUUGCCAUUGGAGGGUGGGCUAUGAACGACCCAGGCCCCUAUCGCACUGCAUUCUCCGAUAUGGUUAGCUCAGAUGCCAACCAGGAUGCGUUCUUCGAGUCACUGAUCAAGUUCAUGCAACGAUACGACUUUGACGGAGUGGAUCUGGACUGGGAGGCAAGUGACCUCAGGAGAAUAGCAACAGUCUGGAGUCACACGACUAACAGAGAUUUGAGCAGUACCCAGUGGCAGAUGAUCGCGGCGGAAUUCCAGCAGACUUCGAAAAUUACCCUCGAAUGGUGCGACGACUCUGAGAGCGCUUGA